UGGAGGGGCCCUUGAGAGAGAGAGAAGAGAGCAAGAAGCGCAAAAAAGGAAAGAUGUGGUCCGAGGAUUGAGGCCUCUGCAGUCGACACCUCACCUGCGCCCUGAAACAAUCACCCGACCGUACACGUCUUUCUUCCUUUCCAACAUGCACCAGUUGUCCCGAACAAUUGGUGUUAUCUGCAGCCUUUUCUGGAUAUUAUUCUCGAGCAACGCGGCGCCUCAAGGAGGAAAUGUGGAGCACCACUUCAGCCCGCCUGCAGCAUUCUUGAAGAGUGUCCCCAGGUCCCGUCUUGACAUGGCCCCCAACGCAGCGCCCUUCCAAAUGUCACCCCUGAAAAAUCCUCUUUAUCUGCAAAGCCUCAUAAGCUCGGCCUCGAACAAAUUGGUUCAAGGGAUGUUCUCGAAAAGAUUGGACAUCCCCAACUACCUCACACCACCUGGAGGUCAUCUGUUGCCACCUGGUGCCCAGGUGGGCUUCCGCAACUACCCUGGAAACCCUUUGGCGCCGCAAAUAGCACCCCCUGGACCUGGUUAUCCAUUCUUGCCCCAGCAAAUACCCGCCUUGCCUCAAGCGGCCCCUCAAGUCGGUUCGCCUCCUUCUGGGCAGCACUUGACCCAAAAAGAAUUCCAGCAGUAUCUUAAGGCGGCCACAGCUUCAAAGGGCAACACCGAGGAAGAAUAUUUGACGCAGGGCGAAUUUCAAAAGUAUUUGAAACUUGCCGCUGACCAAGGAAAAAAGCAUAAGGAUCAGCGUCACUUGAGUCCUGAAGAGUUCCAGGAUUAUGUCUUGCAAGCACAAGACGCCCGUCAACAGGAGCUCUUGAAAAGUGGCAAAGGCAAGCCCGGCAAAAUAAAAACUCUGACGCCUGAGGACUUCAAAAAGUUCUUCGCUAAGGAAAAAUUGCCCAACGGGGCACCUACAGGGCAAAAGAAGCACAAGAGAGGUCAUUACUCCUCAUCCUCAGGGUCUUUCACCUCUUCUGGGUCGCAAUCGUUCUCUGAAUACCCACCUCAAAAAUACACGCCCGAACAUCCACCCAAAUACGAGUCUGAGCCUGCCCCCGAAGCUUAUCCUGACUUUUACCCCGCUCACCAAAUAGAAACUGAGGACCAAGCCACGAAAAGAUCGGUGCUUGACGCCCUGUGGAGAGCCUUCCAGGCCAUCACAGGCGGUGCCCUGACUAUUGGAGGCCACAUUGCAAAAGGAGGGGGUGCUCUGCUGGAAGCUAAGGGCAAGUUGAUCGCGAGCGCGGGGCCAGUGGUGUCCGACUUUGGACGGACAGUUGCUGCCAAAGCGGUAGCUUCUCCAAACUACUCCCCAUCUUAUCACGGCACACCAUACAAUUACCACGACUUCCCGGUAGAGAGCCACGGACCCCAAUCGUCUCUUCUUCAGACAGCGUACGACGUGGCCUCCUCGCUCAAGGUGGCCGCUUUAGGCACAACAAAAGCGGUCGCUGACCUCAUUUCGGAGCUGUCGAGUGCUUCCGCAAAGGCAUAUCUCCUCAAGGAGUAACUCUCGGUUAAAAACGCCCUUCCCUCUUUAAAUUAGGGACGUAAUUACGUGAAGUGUCAUUGAAUUCUCUUGAACGAAAUUAUUUAAAAAUGUAUACAACUAUAUUUAUUCACUCCAUGACCAAUAUAUUAUAAAGCUUUGAAAUCGCGUGAUUGGCCGAUAUUGUGAAAGUGGCUUUUGGAUUAAUUUUUCAUCUAGUCAUUUCUUUUUAUAAAUUAACAAAGUCAUUAUGCACUAUUGCUCUGUUUUGUUUUUCCAGAGAAUUGUGUUCAUUAAUUUUGCUCCACAUAUUGUUGCGUGAUUCGUGUUUGCUGUUAUUUGGUGUAGUUUAAUAGAAUAAAAAAUUAUUUUAAGGUGUU